CGACUCACACCCUCAAUUAUUCAUUGUCUUUACUCUGUAGUCUGUCAAAACCUUUUUUUUUUUUUUUUUUGAUAACAAAAACCUUUUUUGUUUAAAAGAAAAAGCUAAACCCCAGUGCAGGGUAAAUUACGCGAGAAUUAGUGACAGUUGAUUUGGAAGCAGAGCAGAAGAGCAACGGUAAAUGCCAAAGCUUGUUGUUGGUUUUGUGUUCCUUGGGUUGAUGUAAUGUGUAUCUAGGGAUUAGGGCAAAGUAAGUGCGUGUGUGUAAUUGAGAGUUGACGAAGCUGGAGAUUCAGAAAGAGCAUUCGGACCAAAGGGUCAAUUUCAGUGUGGACCCAACAAACCCUCACAACCACGAUAAUGGCAAUGGCUUCCCGAACCAUGAUCAACACUUUAACCAGCACCAACCCAUGCCCAUCGUCGAUUCUGGAUGUGCUCCAGACCAUUCCAUGCAUCGUCUUGCUCGCAAACGACCUUGGAAUCACUCAAACCAAGGAACUUCUUCAGAUCAAGUUGAUGAGGGGAGUCAUGUAAAAGUUUAUGUUGCACCAGUUCCAAGAACAGCAACAGAGGCUGAUGUACGCCUUGUGUUUGAAGGACAUGGAACUAUUGUUGAGGUUGUUCUUCUAAAGGAUAAAAGAACUGGUGCACGACAAGGAAGUUGUUUUGUGAAAUAUGCAACAUUAAAUGAAGCUGACAGCGCUAUUAAGGCUUUAAGCAAUCAGUACACAUUUCCUGGGGAAUUAGCACCUGUUGUUGUCAGAUAUGCUGAUCGAGAACGUGAACGUCUUGGGGUUCGAGGGUUCUGCCGAAACUUGGAAAAGAAAGAUCCUUUACAAGAGGUGGUGGAUAAAGUUUUUGUUGGUUACAUCAACAAAGAAGCUUCGAAAAAGGAAAUGGAAGAAAUAUUUUCACCUUAUGGGCAUGUAGAAGAUAUCUUCAUUGCGCUCGGUCGUGGAUAUGGUUUUGUCAAAUUUUCUAAUAGAGACAUGGCAUUGGCUGCAAUCAAAGGGCUGAAUGGAGCGUACACGAUGAGAGGUUGUGGUCAUCCUUUAAUUGUUCGUUUUGCGGACCCUAAGAAACCUAAGACUGGAGAAUCAAGGCCACUGCAAAAUUUUGGUGAUUCCAAUUCUGGAGGGAGUUUUAUGCCUAUUGCCCCACAUCAUUCAACGAUUCCACGCCCACAAGUUGCUUCUCAUAUGCAAAACUGGGAACCUGGUGCUACUAUGGUACAGCAGCCAUUUCAUCCCCAACAAGGACAUUCACAAUUGGCUUCAAUGCCUUUGCGGUCAGUUCAAGCUCCAAAGUUGUCUUCUCAACCAUUUAAUACUGAGGUGCAGAGACAAUCGCAUCCAGCAGAUUUAUCAGUUCAAAAUAUUGAGCAGCAGCUAAGUUCACAGCUGCCUACUCAGACUGGAAGCAAUCCUAGAACAGUAGCUGGAAGCACCUCACCUGAUAUGCCUAGAAGUCCCCUAGAUGAAGAUUAUCCGGAAUGUGAUUGGAGUGAACACUUCUGCCCUGACGGUCAUAAGUACUACUACAACUGUGUCACUUGCGAAAGCAGAUGGGACAAGCCUGAGGGGUAUGCCUUGUAUGAAAAAGAAACACAGAAGCAGCAGGAGCAGGAGGAUCAUAGCUGUCUUCACUCGCAAGUGUUGUUAUCUUCCUGUCAACAAGUUGCUCAAAGACAGCAGGAAACAAAUCAUGAUCACAGGCAGUCAGAAACAAGUCCUUUUGUUGGACAGGUGUGAUGUUAUUUUUCUUGUUGGGCUACUGAAAUCAAAUAUUGUUCCCAAUUAUUAUUAUAGUAAAGUGGCCUUCAAAUUGCUACAGAACUAACUUAAUGUUUCUUCCGAGGUUCUGUAUUUUCUUAUUGCCUCAUUUGUUAUUGCAAUGGCUAUUACUAAUCUGUAACGGGGGAAUUUGUUGCAUUCCUAAUUCCCUCAUUAGAAAAUGUAUGAAUGGAAUACAAUCUGGGUAUUACUUCUACUUAGAUGUUUAGACAAUCAAAUGGUCGAGGCUUAACUUUUCUUUAGAGGCAAAGUAUAUUGAAUGCUUGCAACUUUUGCGAGGAAGGAAAAUUUCAGGUAAAUA